AGCAUUCAGCAGUCGUAGAGGAAGACAGCAAUGAGGGUUUCGUUCAAUCGAGACAAGCUGUAGAACAAGUGCCAAACAACAAUUUUGUGAAGGAAGAAGAAAUGGAAGCUGAAUUAACCAACAAGGAAGUGAGCCUUUUAGUUGUAAAUGAGCGGGAAGACAAUCUCGUUGUUGCUGACUCAGAAGAAUCUCCUAGCCUUCUCCAACAGGACAAAGUCACUCGCCUUGCAUCACCACGCGAGAUUUGGGACAUCGACGAGGAUGCGCCCUCCAAUGCCUUGUCGACCGUGACUCCCGCACGGGAAAUGCCUUGUCGCCGUCCUGCAGUCUGUAGCGGAUGAUGGCAACAGGUCGCCCAGUCUGCUGGAUGCAUUUGCUAAACCGAGGAGUGUGUCGGACCCUUGUACAAGCGAUGCCGUGAAAGAAAUGUACCCUUCAUGCCCACCUGCCAGUGAUGUGAUCAUACGUGACAAUGACUUGCCUCGCAAGCAGGUGCAACGAGAUAACGGAAAACUUUCCCUGUUGAGGAAGCAUUGUGCCUCGCCAGCUGAGCCUGCUGAAGUGUUCAUGGUUCAGCCCACUAGCCGAGCAAAGCGAAAGAAGCAGACCAAGCUGUCUGACAGGUACUUCAUCUCCGGUCAACCGCAGUAUGGUGCCAGCAACCAGGUCAUCCAGCACAUCAAGGAAAAAGGAACUGUCUCAGGCUCGUUUGGAUGACUCGCUGUUGUCAACGCAGAGUAAGCGCAUUGACCUGGACGAGACAUUUGUUGAACCUGAACUUCUGCGAGACUUCAAGAUGCCAAUUGUGGCCAACGCUUUGCACUCUACAGGUCUUGUGCAAAAUGGUGACCCUGCCACUGAAGUCAAAAAAGAUUUGGACAAGGCUGAUGAGGCUGGUCAUGCUGAAGAAGCCAGUAGCAGCAGCCAAGCGUUCAAGUGUCACAACAGCCCUGUGCGGAAGAAGGCGGACCGGCAGAGGCUACCGGCGCACAACUGCAAGGAGUGCGAAGAGUUCUACGGGCGGCUCGACCUACCCGAGGCCAAGCGUAGGGAGCUGAUGCACAAGUGUUCCCGCCACCGAGCACACCACGCUCCUCCAGCGACACCCGAACACUUCUGGGAGCUCGACUUUCCGGACACGCAGGUGUGUCGCGAAAGGGGUUAUCUUAAUGCGACACAGAGGUACGUCUUCGGUUCCAAUGGUCUCCGCAAAGACGGCCGCAAGUGAAUAUCUGCAUCUACCUGACGUGUUCCCGCCGAAGCUGCUAAAUAAAAAAAAUGUGAGGACCGGAGUGUUUUUCUACACAAAAUACAGGUACCUGGUCUGCACUGAUGAGUGUGUUGUCAACAGAGACUGCAGCGACAUCAUGAAUUUAAUUGAGGGUGGGAAAAAGUGUGGCUGCUCGCUGUGCACUUCUUGGACGAACAUCCGGAUCUGUGUUGCUUACAUCACCCAUCAGACCUUUUUACAUUUUUUACAAUGCUAUUACUCUCUGUAGCGCCUCUAUGGCGCCACAAUCGAAAAAUACUUUGAGGCGUGUCACAACGGUGAAAAAAUGACAAGCCAACAGCGCUGCGGACGGUUGCACUCUAGUAAUAUACUGAAUUGAAUAAAGGUCGUCCUGUUGUGGAUCGUUGACGUCAGCUCACCGCUCAUAGAAGUAGUGUUGAACUCGAAUAAAGCUUCAAUGAAUUCAGUAAAAA